AUCGGAGAGGGAAUCGUUAAACUGUUCUCAAUAUUAGGGGCUAAUGUUGUGGUCACCGGAAGGAAAGCACAGGACGUUCAACGAGUGGCCAAAGAGGUCCAAGAGUUGUCACCACUAAAACUGAAGCCAUUAGAAGUUGUGGGAGAUUUGACCAAAACUUCUGAUAUAAACAAUUUAAUCGAUUCUACGGUCAAAACUUUUGGCAAAAUUGAUGUAUUAGUCAAUAACGCCGGUAUAUAUCCGGUUAAUAACAUCACUUCACCGGAUCUAUUAUCAGUUUGGGAUCAAACAUUUGGCAUUGAUUUACGCGCUGUCGUAGAACUCAUUCACCGAUCGGUUCCACAUCUGGAGAAGACUAACGGAACUAUUAUUGAUAUUUCAAGUAUCGCCGCAAUUGCACCGAUCAAAUUUUCACUAGCUUAUCCAGCGGCCAAAGCGGGUCUGGAUAUGUUGACCAAAAUAUUAGCCCUGGAAUUGGGACCCAAAGGUAUUCGUGUCAAUAAUGUUAAUCCGGGUUUUAUACACGUGAGAGACCCUCUGAACCCUCUCGAAGUAGUUGUGCAAAAAGACACGCCAUUGGGACGAUUGGGUCAACCGCUAGACAUUGCCCGCGUGGUUGCAUUCUUGGCCUCCACUGACGCCCAGUUUAUUACCGGCGCUGAUCUGGUGGCCGACGGAGGCUUUCAAUAUAAUGUUGGAGCUAUUAACAUACUU